AUGUGCCGCAGUAUAACAUUCCGCUAUAGUAUCUGCACGCACAGUUGGCGUCCAUAUGUUAUUCCCUGUUCGAAUCCUAUUAAGGAUACUUCUACGGAUAUCGAUAGUACGAAUAUAUGUCCAGCAUAUAGGACCAAAUAUGAACGAAGAGUUAUUAAGAGUGGGAAUGGAUUCUGUGCAGCAUGUUGGGAAAAGAAGGAGAAGAGAGAGAAAUCUCUGAGAGAGAGGGAGAGGAUACUUGAAGGGAAGAUGAAGGAGGGAGUUGUGGGGAAGGGAGAGCGGAGGCUGGGGAGGAGGUUUUGGGAGAAGAAUGGAGAGGGAAGGGGAGGCGGGAAGGAGAAAGAGGAUGCGAGGGUAUUGGAAGAUAUAAGUGAGGAGCCCGGAGUAGUUUUGGAGGAACGAGUGGGGAAUUUGAGGAGGGACGACGAGGAGAGCGAGAAACUUUUACAGGAAACAGAAAAUAAAACGUGGACUUUGGAGGGAAAUGGUGGGGUGAGGAAGAAGCUGGAUGGGAAUGAAAGGAACAGGAUCCGAAAUGGCUGGCUAGGCUUGGAGACAGGGGGUUCCUAUUCCCUUUUUUCCUGA